UCUCUCUCUCUCCCCCUCUUUCUUUGUCCGUCUCAGUUCUCUGUCUCACUCAUGGCACUCUCCCAUUCCUGGUUCGUCAUCAAAGCCAUUAAUGGGGGAGCCAAAAUCUCCAUCACAAGAUCAGCUUCAUCAAACGGCAUCCUCCUCAUCCAGAGUCCCACCACUGCCUCCGCCGCUACCCAGCCAACCCUCCUCCCUCCUCCAACCAUCCCAAAAUAGAAAAAGUAGAAGCAAAGUCCUCCGAGUGUUUCGCUCCGUUUUCCGGUCCUUCCCCAUCAUCACCCCCGCCUGCAGGAUGCCGUCACUCCCCAUGGGGAGGAUGGACUCCAGCAAGACCGCCUCCUCUGGAACCCGAGUCAGCGGCACGCUGUUCGGGUACCGGAAAGGACGCGUGUCCCUGUCCAUUCAAGAAACCCCUAGGUGUCUCCCAAGCCUUGUAGUUGAGCUGGCCAUGCAGACGAACGUGCUUCAGAAGGAGAUGGGGUCUGGGAUGGUGAGGAUUGCGUUGGAAUGCGAGAAGAGAGCGGAUAAGGACAAGACGAGUCUUCUGGACGAGCCGAUGUGGACCAUGUAUUGCAACGGGAAGAAGAGUGGCUAUGCGGUGAAGAGGGAGGCUGCGGAGGAAGACUUGAGUGUCAUGGAGCUUCUCAAGGCUGUGACUAUGGGCGCAGCUGUCUUACCCGGGAAGUCUGAGGUUGAGGGCCCGGAUGGCGAGAUGGUGUACAUGCGGGCCCUCUUCGAACGCAUUGUGGGCUCGAAGGACUCAGAGACCUUGUACAUGUUGAGCCCAGAAGGAAAUAAUGGGCCUGAGCUCAGUAUUUUCUUUGUAAGGAUAUGAUAAUAUAUGUGACAUUGUAACUUAUACUAGGGGAAGGGAAAGAAGUAGACUUAUUGUGAUUUAUGUAUGAAUUAGGGUAGAAACAAGAAUUGUUACCCAAGAUAAGACGUUGGCUUAAUGAAAUGACGGUGAAGGGUGUCUUCGAUUCAUUUGAUUCAUCAACAAAGAUGCAUCUUUCGAUUCAUUA